UGGUGCUACCGGUCUCCAGUUGCCUUCGCGUCCAACGGCCACAUUUCAAACUAGAAUGGCGACCGCCGUCUGCGGUCUGCAGUCCACCGGUAACAACGGCAAACAGGGGAAAACACACCGGGAACACCGGAGGAAAGCGAAGGAUUCAAGAAGGAGACAAGCUGCGUUGUUGUUUCUAAACAACAUCUCCCUCGAUGGACGGCCCCAGUGUCAGCCAAGCGAUGGAAAUACCGACCGAAAAGCCGCCGAAGAGCAGCGACUCCGGGACAGAGACGGCGCCGCGACGUUCGUGCCCCCCCCGGCCGACAGCCAAGAACCGGUCACCCAGGUGACCGAACCCGCCGACGCCGGCAGCGGCUCGUUCUCCGGUUUUCCAGCGGCAGUCGGUCCCGCCCGGCUCUCUACGGUAAUAUCCACGGGACCCGGCGGGGCGACCGUCGUGGGAGCCAACGAGGUAUUCUUGGAGGGUGGUGGUGCGGCCGAGACGCUGACCCCGGACACCCCGCUGUCUCCUGUUACCACCGGAGGACACGCGGCCUCCUCCCGUGUCAGAUCCGCUCCGGCCGCUAUCAGCCCGGUGCCGGCCGCCAGCUCCCUGGAUUCACGGCCGAGGUUGAGGAAUGUCUCCGGUUCUCCGGGUCCCAAAGUGCCAAAGAAAGUCCACUUCAUCAAAAGCAUGAGACAGUACGACACCAGGGGAUGUAGGAUCGUGCUGAUUUGUGCCAAGCGGUCGCUAUAUGCUGCUUUCUCAGUGCUGCCCUAUGGAGAGAGUGCUCACGUCAGUGACCCCAAGCUGGAAGCCCACAGGCAGAGGCUGUCUUCUGUGGUGGCAGUUGACCUGCUGCCUUCCUUGGAAGGUGUGGAGCUUGCAGACUACAGCAAGACGGUGUCAUACGCUCAGUUCCUUUAUCCAACCAAUGCCUUGGUGAGACCGAAGAGCGGCGGCGCACCAGAGAACUGCGUAGCUCAGGCCCCCCAGUCCCGUUUCCGUGGUAACGGGCAAAGGAACUUCACCCCGGCUCGUCCGAACAACAGCGCGGCACAAGACGCAUCUAUGGACGAGGUGGUGGAGUACGAUCCCAACCUGCUCAGUGACCCUCAGUGGCCUUGUGGGAGACAUAAGAGGGUUCUGAUAUUUGCAUCAUAUCUGACGACUGUAGUUGAGUAUGUGAAACCAUCUGACCUGAAGAAGGACAUGAAUGAGACUUUCAAAGAGAAGUUUCCUCACAUUAAGCUGACUCUGAGCAAGAUAAGAAGCCUGAAGAGGGAGAUGCGGGCCAUGGGCGAUGACUGUGGUCUACAGCCGGUCACCAUAGCAAUGGCUUUUGUCUACUUCGAGAAGCUGGUGCUGCAGGGCUGCUUCAACAAGCAGAACCGGAAGUUGGUGGCAGCCGCGUGCGUGCUGCUGGCUGCAAAGAUCAGCAGCGAUUUACGGAAGCCAGACGUCAAACAUCUCAUCGACAAGCUGGAGGAGCGUUUCCGCAUCAACAGACGGGAGUUGAUCCCGUUGGAGUUCCCGGUGCUGGUUGCCUUGGAGAUGGGACUCUACCUGCCUGAGAGUAUGGUCAUGCCACACUACCGCAGGCUGGUGCAGCAGGGCUAAACCGAGGGGAGACCUGCAAUCCACCGCGGAGCGUCGACGCGUGAGCGAGGUGACGCAGCGACCAGUUCAUAAGCUGCGCCGUUCGAAACUUAAUAAUUCUGAUACUUUGUUUCCUGUCGGUCGUCGAGAUUUACACUUGCAUAUCUUAGACUCGAUGUCAUGUGCGUCUCCCUGAAUGUCCUUUUUUUGUACGUGUGACGUUGUCUUGAACUCUACGUUAGAGAUGUUUGAUGAGCACGUUGAUUGUGCUUUUAUUUUGUCUGGUACGUCCGAGUAUUUGUGAAUGAAACUUGCGCUGUGACGUCCGGAGGACUCUCCUCUCUGGCACCUUUCUCAUCAGUGCACACGGUCUGUAGAAGAACCGUACUGUUGAUUUUGUAAAUGCCUUUUUGAACCCACUGUGAAAUGAAUGUCCUUUUAGCCAUGAGACUGAAACUGUAGAAUGUUGGUGGAAAGAUUAGAGAAGCAGCCAUCUGUUGGUUCAAUACUAACAAUCCUGCCACAUUCAUCUAUUUAUCCUGUGAAAAGAAAACAUUAGUUUACUCUUGUGGCCAUCUGUGCGUUCAUACUGUACCAAUAUACAAUAUCUAAGGAAACGUGUAUAAUUAUUUAUAGUAAGUGAUGUUUUAAAUGUCGUUGAACAGGGAUGUUUUUAUAAAAAAAAGAAACCGGUGAACUGGAAUUUGAGUUGAUGUAUCUUUCGGUGCUCAGGAGUUUUACUUUCUCGUGUCUUUUGAAUGGUUCGUAUCUAAUCCAAAGAGAUGUUUUGAUAUUCAGGUUGCUAUAAUAACUAAAAUGACCUGUGCUCCCAUUGUAAGUCAAUGAAAGGUCACAGUUUAUAUUUAUUUGACAGGUAACUCCGAGCACCACACUGUAUUCACACGCCUGCAGCCGCCACUUAGCUUACAGUAAUUCUUCAGAUUUAGGACGUCGCGUACGAAAAGAAAAAGUGCCUGAAUCUACAGUGGAAUUGUCGACCAUUCUAAUUGUGAGUGCCAUUUGAUGUUGACAUUUCUGACUAUUGCUGCUGUAGAUAAGUGUUGUUUUUCUGCUCUAGGAAAGAUAAUUAGACAUUUUAUUGUGGUAAAAAAAAAUGGUACGAUAAACAUCCAAAUAGAGCUGUGGAACUGCAGAAAAUUGUCUUUGUAUGGUUGAUGUUAAACGCGUAUUUAUUUGUUUUGAUACUGUAAAAUUAAUGUUUUUCUAAUAUAUUUGCAGAAACCUGCCUCAUUCAUAAAACAGGAGAAUAAACACGAGGCACGAGUCACGCAUGUAUCUCAUCGUUUUACUGUUCCCGUGUUACAGCAGCUGGUUACAUGUUCAGUUUAAAUAAUGCAACACGCUGAUGGUGAACAUCUGAGUCUCAGUGACAUUUCCUUCUAUGAGCUGCAAUUUUUAUCCUCAAUUUUGAAUAGUUCUAAAUCAAGUGAAGCAGCUAAAUAAAUACCUUAAAUAAUAAUAAACUUUAAGAAUUCUUAGUCCAGA